UGCGUUGAAAAUGCGUCUGGGCUAGGCCCGCGGGCGGAGUCAGGCUUUAGGGAGCGGUCCUAGGCUUUGAGGUGACCUGUGCUUUGUUGGGUCCAGCUCCGGUGUGACAACCGCCCCGUAGCAAGGAUGCUCCUCGGGUUUCGGAGACGCCGCAAGGGCCAGUUUAAACACAUCAUCCAUGGCCUUCUCCCUGCAGCCAGCAUCGCACCAAAGGCAGCUGUGCCCCGGACACCUCCACCCCGUAGUCCCAACCCCUCUCCAGAGAGACCAAGAUCUGCUCUGGCUGCAGUCAUUCUAGCAACAACAUUGACUGGUCGAACCGUUGCCAUUCCUCAGCCUCGUCGGAGAUCCUGGUCUGAGAGUGACACGACUUACGUUGAAAAGGACAGUUUCAUCAAACCCUAUGCCACCACCUCAGAGCUGAGGCAUCCACCAAAUUGGCAGAGUGAGAUGGAAAGAAGAACUUCUUUGCCAUCCUUUGAAAUGCUGGGCUACGGAGAGGAAGACGACACCGACUCGAACCUGUCAUCCAGCUACAAGGAGUCAGGGGAUGGCAGAGCCUACAAAGAAGAGGGAGGUCUUGGUGAUGCUGUGUAUGCCGUGACACACAGAAACCAGGUUCCAUUGUCACAUGGGGUGGACAGUGAAGAUGAAGAAAAUAUUUCUGAGCAAGAUCCAGACUCACCUCUUAUGCCACAGCGUAUACAAGAAAAAGAUGAUAAAUAUUCUGUUCUGAAUUUAAAGGAUGAAAAACCACCAUUAUGUGAAAAACCUCCACCAACCCCAGAUAUAACUGGGAAAACACGUCAACGAUGGAUAGAAAUGACCAAAGAAAAUUUGGAGGAAUUAAAAGAAGAAAAUUUGCAUCUGAACAGUACAAACCAGACCCUUACUCUUGAACUUAACGUAGUAAAACAAGCAAUGAAAGAACUACAAUUAAAACUUAAGAGAAUAGCAGAAGAAAAUAGAAAGCUGAAAGAGGCUGAGAGAGUACCCUCUCAGGAAGUUGCUGCACCUGAAUUACAUUAUCUAAGAAAACAAGCUCAAGAACUGGUGGAUGAAAAUGAUGGGUUGAAAACGACUGUCCAUCGUUUGAAUGUAGAACUGAGUAGAUAUCAAACCAAAUUCAGUGAUUUAUCCAAGGAAGAGAGUGUAAAUAUUGAAGGCCUCCCAUCAAAGGGCCCUAUACCACCCUGGUUGUUGGAUAUAAAGUAUCUGUCACCCUUGUUGCUGGCUUAUGAAGACAGAAUGAAAGAGAAGGAUGAGCUCAUUGCCACUCUUCAGGAGGAAAUGAGAAUAUUCAGGAUGCGAGUCCAAGAAGUGGUGAAAGAAAAUGAAGAAUUGCACCAGCAAUUAAAUAAGAGUAGUCCUGUGACCAGUGAGGAUUGGCAUCAGCUUCAGACUCAGGCAGAACUGGUUUUAGAGGAAAACAGGUUGUUGAUAGAGCACUUGGAGACUCAGCAAAGAAAAGCCAAGGACACCCACCAGGAGCGUCUCCAGGAAGUUUCUAAACUGACUAAGCAGCUAAUGCUUCUGGAGACUAAAACACAGAGCCAAGAAAAGGAGCUAACUAUGAACAAGGAGCAACUGGAAAGUUUACGUACCAAAUGCCAAGAACUGAAAACACAAUUGGAUGGCAAGAGUGCCAUGAACGUUCAUGCUUCGGUUGUAAAUGAAUUAAAAAGCCAGUUGCAGAAGGAAGAAGAGAAAGAAAGUGCUGAGAUGGAAGAGUUGACGGAACAGCUGGCGGUCCUGCAAGUGCAGAGAAAGAGCCUGUUGCUAGAAAAGAAUGAUCUGACAGCCAGAAACAAAGCACUGGAAGCUGAACUCAGAAGGGCACAGAAAAUAAAUAGGCGAUCUCAAAAGAAAAUUGAUGUCCUCAAAAAAGAAGUGGAAAGAGCCAUGGAGGAUGAAAUAUCUACUCACCAGUACCUGGCAAAUCUUGUUGACUUGGCAGAGAAUCUAACCCAGGAACGUGACAGUUUUAUGUGUUUGGCCCUAUGUUUAGGAAGUGAGAAGCAUGAAGUUCUCAACAAAAUCGUAGAAGGCAACAUUCGCUUGGGAAGGUUAAAGGAAAAAGUCAAGGAGUACAAGAAGCACUCAGCACUGAAGCUGGGUGACAUUAGUCAUCGUCUGACAGAGCAGCAGGAGGACUUUGCUAACAAGACAGCUCAGUACCAGCAAGAGAUGAGGCAUCUUCAUCGGAUGCUGCAGGACAAGCAGGAUAUCCUGGACGAGGCCCUGCAGCAGAAAAGAGCCAUGGAAGGUGAGCUUGAAAUUGUUUGGCAAUCUACCUCCAAGGAAAACCAAAGAAUCCGAGCACUUCUCCAGGCUACCCAGGAGCGGACAGGCCUGUGGAACAACACCAGAACUUUGGAAGAUCUUGGCCUCAACGGCAGCUCUCAGGGAGCCGUGUUAGAUGGCUACGUCUUCAGCUACUGUGACCUGAACCCCCCACCACCACCUGCCAGUCUUCGGGAGCCCCCGGGCUAGGGCCCCUCUGUCUGAAAGGUCUGCCUUAACCAGGACAGGAAGGGGCGAAAUCCCACCUAACACUGCAGUGUGUUUUCUCCUCCGGGCAAGGAAGAAAUAAACUAUCUCAGAAAUUUAAUUCAUUUUUUACAUUUUGCUUUCUUUUAACAAUGUGCAACUAAACUAUAGCUGCCAGUGUGUGUCUUCUGGCCACAUGGCCGCUGAGGCGGGCCCCGUGAGACCCCUUGCUCAGGUUAACAUGUGACCGAAUGAGCUGGCCCAUCUCUGAGCUCCUAGAAAACCCCAGAGGGCACAGCCAGGCGGGACGGAGCGCUCAUCCUGUGUGUUAGAGAAGUUUGGCUGGAUGAGCCCAUCAUCAGGUGCAGCAGUGAGAUACCUGUGCAUUAGCUCCGGGUAGUACUGAUUGUCUGGGAGAAAACAAGGUGCUGAUACUCGUGACUCGGAGCCAGCCCCAUACCAGCAACAAUGCUUCCUACUGGGCUUCUCCAGUCCCCGAGGAAGGCCUCAUCUGAGAUACGGGAUUAGAGCUG